AUGGAAGAUACAGAAAAACCAAAAAAACACUUGUUUCUAGAUGAAUUUAACGAUUCUGAUCUAAGCGAUGAGAUAUCAGGACGAGAGCAAAAUUCAAAUGAUGAAUAUAUAGCUCAUGAAACAGAUUCAGAUACAUCCCAAGUAGACACUGAUACUGAAUCUAGAGAUGGAGAAGAAAGCGAUGCUGAAGAUACCAACGAUGAUAUUGAUGAGUCUCAGCACGUAAUUGGAUAUGAAGAAGAAAACCAAUGGAUUGAAGAAGAUUCUGAAAUGGUUCUGGGAUAUGUACCACAAUCAUCUGAAGGAAUAAUUGGAACAAAAAGGAAGAGAAAGAGAUAUGAAUUAAGUGAUUGGAGAAGUAAUACAAAAUCUAAUAGCGAGAAUCAACGUAAAAAGAGAUCUAAUAUCAAACAAACAACUAAAUAUCAUGAAGAAUUUUGGGAUUUUAAAAAGAUAAUUGCCCAGGAAUAUGAUGCUCGAUUGCCUAAAACUACUAGAGUUCGAAAAUGGGAUGCUCCAUCAAAGGAAUUUAUUGAUUCAAUUAAAAAUCUAUUACAAGAAAAUGCAAGCCUAUCUAUUGAAUAUAUUUUUAAACAAUAUGAAUCGGAAAUCAAUAAAGUUGCUUACUUGGUAGAGAGAGACAAAUAUUCUAUAAAGAAAAAUGAACCUUUGUAUAAUGCUUCUGAUACUAGAAACCGUUACAUUAACGAAAUUAAAUUGAGUAAAUAUAGUAUAAUGGAUGAUAUUAUAAAGAAAAUUAAAAAGCAAUUGAAAGAAUCCAAAUUUCCAACAAAACUAAAUGAAUUGGAUACUGAUUCAAAUUACGUUAUUUCAAAGCGUGUCUUUUUGCAAGAGAAGCUUUCUAAAGAAUUAGAAAGAGGUGAAAAGUUGGAAGUUUUAUUACAAAAUGAAAGCAACCAAACAGAAAAAGUUGCUGAACUAAUUGAAAAUUACAAAUCAAAGAACAAAGAAAAAAUAAAAAACAGUUUAACAAAAGAUAUUAUCCACCCCUCAUUAAAUAAGGCCAUGGAGAAGGAGUUUGGACUUGGAAGUAUAACUACCGCGACUGAAUCUACCAAUCAGUUGGCUAAUAAAACCUCGAAUUACUCUCAGUAUGAUAAAGACGUUCGUGAUUUUGGGUUGCAAAUGAAUAGGUCCAACCAUUUGGGCAUGGACAUGGCUAUGAACAACACUAUUGAUAUUGAAGAUGUUCAAAAGUAUCUCCCGUCCCUAAAAUCGCUUAAUCGAGUGCAAACGACGCUAUCUCAAAGUAUAGACAAUUUUUUAACUGUAUCCAAACUGCAUGAGAUCGAACAGUCGUUACGGGUGCAUCAUGUCCCAAGUCAAGAGGAUAGCCCACCUGAUUCCUCCGCAACCAAUUCACCAUCAUAA